AUGGCACUUCGGAAGAUGGAUUCCAAUAGCUUGGUCUCCUUCUCAAGCUUCCACCCACGUUCUUCACUUCUUUCCAUCGGCCCACAGGGAGAGGAAGAAGGGGCAACCUACCCGCACAUUGGACCUGGGAGCGGAAUGAAGAGAUUUGGAUUAGUUGUGGGAUGGCAUCAGGAGGAAAGGCGGAGAGGGUUAACUAGAGGGAAUGGCUGGUCAAAAAAGGCCUCAGAAAGCUAUCUGGCAUUGGGAUCUCCUAACUCAUCUCUUCCAACCACGGGGAGGGAGCCAUCACAGAAGGAAAGCCUAUCAAUAGGAGAUCCGUCUCUUAUCCAUUGGAGGAAAUCAAUGCCAGGGGAAACGAUAGGGGGUCGGCCAAUAAAGCUUUCUAUUAAAGAUAAGGGCUUUGCUAAUCUUUAG